UUAGUCCCUGAUUGGUGAAGUGAUGGUAUAUUUCAUAUGUACGUGCACACAAAUCAAAAUCAACUGUAUGAUGCUGCCGACAAGCUGCUGGUGCCGGAAGAAAAGAUGGCGGAUCAUGAGGAGCAGUUAUCUGAUGAGGCGAAGGUACGCAUAGCAGCGAACUUUGUCAUCCACGCCCCACCAGGAGAGUUCAAUGAAGUUUUCAAUGAUGUACGAUUGCUGCUCAACAAUGACAAUCUUCUCAGGGAAGGCGCAGCGCAUGCUUUUGCACAGUACAACGUGGACCAGUUUACUCCGGUGAAAGUAGAGCAAUAUGAAGACCAGGUCUUAAUCACAGAGCAUGGAGACCUGGGCAACGGCAGGGUCCUGGACCCUAAAAACAAGAUCUCCUUUAAGUUUGACCAUCUGAGGAAGGAGGCCAGCGACCCACAGCCACACGAUUUGGACGGAGCAAUGGAGGGCUGGAGGAGUGCUGUGGACGGUGCUGUCCGGGCCUACGUCAAGGAGCACUACCCCAACGGAGUCUGCACGAUUUACGGCAAAACCAUUGAUGGACAUCAAACCAUCAUCGUGUGUAUCGAGUGUCAUCAGUUUCAACCAAAAAACUUUUGGAAUGGACGUUGGAGGUCAGAGUGGAAAUUCGCCAUCGGAUCCUCCACUACUCAAGUGGCCGGAAUAAUGAAAAUCCAGGUUCAUUACUAUGAAGACGGCAACGUUCAGCUGGUCAGCCACAAAGAGGUCCAGGAAUCCAUGUCCAUAUCUAACGAAGCUGCAACUGCAAAGGAGUUCAUCAAGAUCAUGGAGGCUGCGGAGAACGACUACCAGACCGCCAUCAACGAGAAUUACCAGACCAUGUCGGACACUACCUUCAAAGCCUUACGCCGCCAGCUUCCUGUGACGCGCACCAAGAUCGACUGGAACAAGAUCCUGAGCUACAAGAUCGGCAAGGAGAUGCAGAACGCUUAAAACAAACAAAACAGAAAAGCCCAGCAUUGCAUGGCUGGAUUAUUGUAUCGUCUUUGUACAAAUUAGAUAAAUGGGAGCGGAAAAAUGUUUGGUCUAACGGACAAAAUGUCAAACAUUAUUACACUUAUUAAGAUGUCUACUUUUAUUAAUGCUUUUAUACAGACACAGUUAAAAAGAUAAUCUGUAUAAUACAUAGAUGAUAAAGUAAAUAAUCAUAUUAUUGGCCAAAUAGGAUGUGUUUCCUAGAAGAGGGGUGGUGGAGCUUCCUUCAUAUGCAAACCUGACAACCUGAUAUACAUUUUGUGACAAUGUUGUGUCAAUAUUUAUGAUUAUGGUAGUUAGACCACACCGUUGACCCUAGAAAAACUAUACCAAUUGCAAUGAUGAAAUUAUUAUUGAGGAAUCUGUCUGUGUAUACAUUUAGAUUAGGACUUUAUUGGCUAAUGCAGGAAAAGAAUCCUGUACUGUAAGAGUCCUUCCGUUGUUUUCAAUGGCUUGUACUUUUAUGACAUCAGAAUGAUGUCUUUUAUACGAGCUGUUUGUCACCUCUGUCAUUUUCGACCACUCGAUGUUCUUCUUGGUCCCCUUAUUGGUUCUCCCCACACCGUUUACCCCAGACCGUACGUUAAAAUCUCCAGUUUGUGUGUCCGUCCAAGCUAAACUGCAGCUUAAUUCAUCGAUUUCUGAAUUGAACUUUCAUGACACCGUGAAAGUAUGGUUCCUAUAAUACCCUAACAAGCUCAAUUAUUAAAAACCCUUUAAUUGCUACCAAAUGUGGAUUAAAAUGUUCAAAUCAAUUUACAAUUAAAUUAAACAAGUAUGUCUUAAUUUGAAUUAGGACAGACCUGACUGUAUUAUAACAUGGCACAUUGUAAUAUAUAUACCUGUAUUAAACAUCCUUGUCCUUCG